AAUGAUAUUGUUGUCCUGAGGAGAUUGGUUUACGAGUUUGCAGCCAAGGGAGGAGAAUGCAUGUCUUAUGAUGGUAUAUUAUGAUUAUGCUUCCUUGGUUUAAUAUGCCCUCCACUUAGGUUCACCAUGUGAGUGGGAAAUAUAAGAUUGUAUAUCAUCAACUUUUACCGUAGGAUUGAGUGUAAUCUUUUCAUGGGGGAACCAGGAUAGAUGACUAGAUUCUGAUUCUGUAUAUACCGGAAGUGCCAAAACCCUUAUUAUUAUACCACUUGACUGUUCAUUUUUUACCUACACUACAGGAUUAGAUAAAAACUGAUGAAAUAGUAGUAGUGGGAAGUAGAGGAGGGGGUAUUUUCAGAGCUGUAUCACUGCAUCUUCCUCAAAUAUUGUCCCUGAAGUGCCUUACAAUGGCUGCCUUGUUGUUUUCUUAAGAAAAUUUUGUUCAUUUCUCAUAUGUUCUCUUACACACCCCUGAAAUUACCUUUGUUCUUCUCUUCCAAUAGGGUGUAGCACACAUAUGUGUACAUAUAUGAUACUAUGUUCUAUAGUGUUAGCAUGUAAGAUUUUCUUAUUUUUCAUAAAUUUAACAAAUUUUCAUAUAUAUAAAAUAGCAAGGACAGGCACCGAAAGAGAGAAAAGGAGGUGAGCCAGCUAAUGUGCAUUGGCAAUCUCAAAUUCUAAAAAUACCCUUUUGGAGCCGUAUCGAUUGACUUCUCCAUGUCUCUUUCCACUCAAAUCCCAGUCUUCCCCCAGCUCACCUAUUUUCUCCUCUCUGUUUAAAAAAUAUAUAUAUAUUCUUACUAUUAUUACAUAUUUGAGGAAAAGCAAAAUUUCUUACAAAAAGCUCCCAAUCAACGGAAAUUUAGAGAGGAAAAACGCGUGCGUAGCCAAAGAACAAAAGAGAAAAAUGGAAGACAAGCUUAAUUAGAAAUUUUCUCUCCUAUUUCUUCGUUCCCUUAAUUAAACACAAAUUCCCAUUUUUUCCCGCUGAAGUUGUUAAAUUUGUAGAAAUUAUGAGUGAUCACCUGGUUUUGGGUGUCGACCGUCUGGUGAAGCCGGAGGCCGUACAGCCGGAGGAGUCGGAUGCUGGCCCCUCAACGGAGGUUCCGGGGUCGUCGUGCUUGUUGGAGUCUAAGGAGAAGGGGGUUUUCAACGGAGAGGAGGAGGAGGAGCCGCUGAUUCAGUCGGCGGAGUGCCGCAUUUGCCAGGAUGAAGAUUCCAUUAAGAAUCUUGAGACUCCAUGUGCCUGCAGUGGCAGCCUCAAGUAUGCACAUAGAAAAUGCGUGCAGCAUUGGUGCAACGAGAAAGGCAAUAUAAAGUGCGAGAUAUGUCAUCAGCCUUAUGAACCAGGUUACACUGCUCUACCUCGCACCCAAACUGAAGAAACCUCUAUCGAUAUUGGUGGAGUCUGGACAAUCUCUGGCACCCCACUGGACUUGCGUGAUCCGCGCCUCUUAGCCAUUGCAGAGGCAGAACGGCAGUUUUUGGAAACCGAAUAUGAUGAAUAUGCUGCAACAAAUGCCAGUGGAGCUGCUUUUUGCCGUUCAGCUGCACUAAUUUUAAUGGGACUUCUGCUAUUGCGCCAUGCAUUGAAUGUUCCCGAUCCCGACUCAGACGAAGAUUUGUCUACUUUCUUCUCUCUUUUCUUUAUUCGUGCUGCUGUAUUUCUCUUGCCAUGCUACAUCAUGGCCUGGGCCAUCAGUAUAUUACAGCAACGAAGGCAAAGACAGGAAGUGGCAGCGGCUGCAACACAGGUUGCUUUUGUGCUACAAUCCGGGCAACAUAGGGGUAUGCAUUUUACCAUUGCAUCAGGAACUACAGUGAGUCCCCAGCAGGGAAGCGUUUGAAGCAUGAAGCUCUGCACUGCCAUUAUAUUGCUAGUUGAUGAACACUGAUGACGGUUCCGCUCAUUUGCCCUAUCACUGAACUUGAAAAUCUUUGAACUUUUUAUUCCACGAAUUAUUGGUGGACAAAGCUUUGGAGCUCUACUGAUUUCUGUUUCAAUGAAUUGCUAUGGGUGACUCAGUCAUGUCCAUAUCUUGUGCCCAUCAUUGUGUCUUGUAUGUGAACUUCACACAUUCUCUCCAUCUAGAUUUUCAAUUUCUGUUGAUUGGAUUGCAAGAAACUGGUUGCCAUAUGUUAUUGUUUAUUCUUUUUAUUUUUUAUUUUUAAUUUUCGUGUUUGACAUUUGUAUCCGAUAUAUCAGAUAUUGUACUAGUAUCAUCUAACAAAUAUAUGCAAUUUUCUAUCUGUGUUGAGAGA